GGGAGCCCCUCGGACCAUAGGCCUUAAGACCUACCACAUCGCAUCGCGGUUGCAUCCUGACCUUCCCGUCAGCUCCCUUGGCCGGGCACCAUACUGACCGCAGGCCGUGCGUGUGAGCCGCCCGGGCCAGCCCUCCCUUCACCGACUCGCCCCGUCUGACCCCUCUCGACUCAUACAGGCGUUCUGAAAAUGUCUCAGAAGCUCUCGUUUGACCAGUUCGAAUUCAAAAAGACCCUGGGGACGGGUGAGCAGAAGCAGGAAUGGCGUAAUUGCAUGACGCUGAGUGUGUUGUGUAUGUGGGUUGUGGCUGCAUGUGGUCAUGCACAGGUUCGUUUGGUCGGGUGUUUCUGGCCAAGUGGAAGGGCGAUGCCAACAAGGACCCGGUGGCCAUCAAGCGGCUAAAGAAGGCGGCUGUCAUCCGCCAGAAGCAGGUCGACCACAUCAACAGCGAGAAGAGCAUCCUCGCAGCACUCGACCACCCAUUCAUCGUACGUAGCACACCCACAACCAUCCCCACCCCACUGCAGCCUCCCUCCCUCCCUCCCUCCCUGCCACUGUGCGUGUCCACUAGGUGAACAUGCACGGGGUGUUCCACGACCCGAGGUAUCUGUACAUUGUGAUGGAGUACGUCGUGGGCGGCGAGUUCUUCACACACCUCCGCAAGACCGGCCGCUUCGAAAACGACACCUCGCGCUUCUACGCCGGCAUCGUCACGGCCAUCUUCGACUACCUCCAUGGAAAAAAUAUCAUCUACAGGUGCGGUGCGCUCUCCUUAUAUAUCGAGACACCACACCCACAGACAGAGAAAGGCGGAGAGGGGGAGAGAUCCAUCUAUCAUGCCGUCGGUGGUCUCUCUCUGUGUGUGCUAUGCUAUAAGGGACCUGAAGCCGGAGAACAUUUUGAUCAACCGCGACGGGUACCUGAAGCUGACGGAUUUCGGGUUUGCCAAGAUCAUCGAGUUCCGCACCUACACACUCUGCGGCACACCAGAAUACAUCGCACCUGAGGUCCUACUCAACAAAGGUAAGCACACACUGACUAGACUGACUGCAUCAGACAGACACCCACCCCACAGUGCACGGACGCACCGCAUAAAUAAGGUGUCUGCCUCCCUGUGUGUGUUGUGUUGUGUUAUGGUGUAUGUGUGUGAAGGUCACGGCAAGCCUGUGGAUUGGUGGACGUUGGGCAUUCUGAUCUACGAGAUGCUGGUGGGCUACCCGCCCUUCGUCGACGAGGAUCCCAUGGGCAUCUACCAAAAGAUUCUCGCGGGCAAAAUCGUCUUCCCCAAAUUCAUUGACAAGUAGUCAUGCCUUCACCCCACACACAUACACAUACAAAGAGAGACAAAGAGACAGAGACUAAGAGAGACCUCCCCAUCUGUCCAUCUGUGUGUGGCUUGUCUGUCCCCAGAAAUGCCAAGUCUCUGAUCAAGAAGCUGUUGACGGCUGACCUGGGGAAGCGGUACGGCAACUUGAAGGCAGGUGUGGAGGACAUCAAGAAGCACAAGUGGUUCACGGGCUUCUCCUUCGAGGACCUCCUCGCCAAACGCAUACCCGCACCAUCCAAACCUGUCGUCAAGGUCAAGCAAACCCACAGACAGUCCCCUCAAGCACACAUAGAGACAUGCACAGACAGACAGACUGACAGACAGAGAGAGAGACACAGGGAGGGGAGAAGGCGGACGGGGUGGCGAGUGGUAGAGGUGCACACAGAUGGAUGGAUGGAUGGAUGUUGUGUGCAUUGCUUCAUUCAGAGCAAGGACGACACGUCGAACUUCGAGGAUUACCCGGACAGCGAAGACAUUCCGCCUGCCAUAUCCGCCUCCAGCGACCCAUUCGUCGACUGGUGAUCCAUCCAUCCAUCCAUCUGGCCAUCCAGCUAUCUAUCCAUCGGCUGAUUGAUGCAUCCCAUGAACACACCACACCACACAUGGGUUGAACGGCUAACUAG